AUGUCUCCUCCCUCGCUGCCAUGCGCUCGUUCCGGGGCCACUCCAACUAUUGUAUGUCGCUGGAUGAAGGCUGCUCUGGACAUGCUGACCCAGUGUCUGGCUCUGGAGUUGGCACCGGAAGUUAGAGUCAAUUCCGUUAACCCUGGACUUGUAGUUACGCCUAUACAGAGAAAUUCAGGAAUGUCGGAAGAAGACUAUAAAGUGUUCAUUGAGAAUUGUGAGAAAACCCAUUUGUUGAAGCGAGUUGCCCAGCCUGAAGAGAUAGCCAGUGUCAUUGCCUUUGUGGCCAGUGACGGAGCCAGCUUUAUGACGGGGUCUGUAGUACCUGUGACCGGUGGCAGACACUGCGUUUGUCCAAGAUAG